AUGCUUGAACGUACCCCGUCGAGUCAAGCGGUAUCGGCAGAUAAGCGUAGAAGACUCGACCAGCAGUAUACACCCCCAACACCGGAAAGUAUAGCAGCCGAUCGUCAGGCUUUACACGCACGAAUGCUUAAACUAUCGGAAGAACUAUGUAGUGCGGUAGAGGCUAAAAACUUACCACGUGCAGAGGCACUACGAGGCGUGCUCGAGACACUACGGGCAACACAUGAUUCUCAUCCAACGAACAAACAGGAGCCACGAGAACCUCGUAGCUGGCCUGAAUGGCCUUCUAACCGAUACAACCUUAGCAACAUCAUGGAGCGCGAUACAAAAGGGGCUUUGCGAGAGACCCUUAAGAACGCGCAGAUAUCGGAGUUGGAUGAAGCGUGCAGUCUUCGUUGGUUCUACAAAGUGUUGAGUCAUUUAAAAGCUGAACAAUCCACACUUGAUUACUUUAAAUCCAAUCAUCAACGUCUAGUGGCGUGGACUCUCGAGUUGCAGAUUACGCAAAUUUGUUCACAUGAGACUCAGGCGACGGUCGACCCGACCUUUCGUAGGUUAGCGAAGGGACAUCUCAAGCUCAGCAACGUCCCAGUAAUGGAACAGAUGACUUAUCUAAUGGAGAACCACCGUCGAGCACAUGAGCGUUGUCAAACAGAUGCCAAGUUCAAGCAGAACUUACUGAACCAUUGCAUCGUUCAACUCUUGGAGGAUACUCUUGGCUCGCGUACAAAUGAGCGGACCUUGCAGUUGCACCCUAAAUAG